AUGGCCCCUCCCCCAACCAAACCGCCCGCGCCCAUAAAUUAUAAACUCCUGCUCAUCGGCAACUCUUCUGUUGGAAAGAGCAGCCUGUUGCUACGCUUCUCUGACGAGCAAUGGUUGCCGGAAGACGAGAGUAGUGCGACGAUUGGGGUGGACUUUCGGGUUCACAAGAUGGAGGUCAAGGGGAAGAAAGUUAAGCUCAGUAUAUGGGAUACAGCUGGACAAGAGCGCUUCCGCACGAUCACAUCGUCAUACUACCGCGGUGCCCAAGGUGUCAUUCUUGUCUACGAUGUAUCCAACAGGGAGUCAUUCGACGCGCUACCCAGAUGGUACAGCGAACUAGAGGCGUCUCUCAGCGACAAAGUCGUCAAGAUCUUAGUCGGAAACAAGGUGGAUAAGGAAUUUUCGCGACAAGUCUCUACUGCCGAAGCGGAAGCUUACGCAGCUCGGAUGAACUCCCUCUUCGUUGAAGCCUCUGCUAAGACGGCUGCUAAUGUCAAGGAAGCCUUCACGCAAUGUGUGGAACGUAUCAUGGACCAGCCAGAACUAUGGGAGACGCCAGCCGGAACAGGCGCUGCGAUUAGCUCGAAUGUGAAGAUGCCAGGUGGUAAUAUCAAUCUCGCAGAGGACUCGCAGGAGGGUGGAGGUGGUUGUUCAUGUUGA